AGGGGGGGAAGAAGGAAGAAGAAAGGGUAAGCUUUAGAAGAAACAAAAACCCAAAAUAUUUCUUCCCCGGGAACAAUCAACAGAACAGAUAGCACCAUCAUCGCCACCCCUCUUCACCGACUGACCACCCGGCCCACCUCUCCCAAGUCCUUCGCCUGAUCUUUAAUUCUCCCAGCCAAAAGCUCUCUAAUCAUAUCACUGAAUUCCCAGCUCAAAAUCAGCAAAUUUCUGCACAAAUAAGCUAAAAAAAAAAACGACAAAAAAUGUCCCGCAAUCCCGACAGCGACACCAUUCCUCUUCACUCAACUUCUCAAUCCGACAUCGACGAGAUCGAAAACCUCAUCAAUUCUCAGCCUUACCCUUCUUCCGUCCUCCCGGCUCGGCCCCCUUCUCCUCCACGCGCUUCCAUCCCUAUCUCCUCUUCCCCUCUGCCUCCCCCGGCCCCACCUCUCUCCUCUUCCUCCAAUUCCACUAAGCCCAUCCCCGUCCCUCCCGCUGCCGCCAAAUUACCUCCAUUGCCCCCGUCUGCCAACACCCGCUCUAAUGGGACCAGUAAUGUUGGUGGCUCGUCCAGUAUUGCGGCUGCCGGGUUUGGUCCCGCUCCCAAUACUCUAACCGAGCCCGUUUGGGACACCGUGAAAAGGGAUCUGUCCAGAAUCGUUAGUAAUUUGAAAUUGGUGGUUUUUCCUAACCCCUAUAGGGAGGAUCCGGGCAAGGCCUUGAGGGAUUGGGAUCUGUGGGGGCCUUUUUUCUUCAUUGUCUUCUUGGGGCUUACCCUGUCUUGGUCUGCAUCCGUUAAGAAGUCUGAGGUUUUCGCUGUUGCAUUUGCACUACUUGCUGCAGGAGCUGUGAUUUUGACAUUGAAUGUAUUGCUGCUGGGCGGUCACAUAAUCUUCUUCCAGAGCCUGAGCCUUCUGGGUUAUUGUCUAUUCCCUCUGGAUGUUGGUGCCUUAAUCUGCAUGUUGAAGGACAAUGUGAUUUUGAAGGUGGUUGUGGUGUGUGUUACUUUAGCUUGGAGUUCAUGGGCUGCUUAUCCAUUCAUGAGCACAGCAGUUAAUCCUAGGAGGAAAGCUCUAGCACUCUACCCUGUGUUCCUCAUGUAUGUAUCUGUCGGUUUUCUGAUCAUUGCAAUCGAUUAAUGCACUACUUUUGGUGGGUGCCAAUCAUAGCAAUUUAUACAAAGCGGAUGACUCUUAGAUGGCAUUGUAGGGACUUGGUGUCUCGUACGAAAAUUUUCUUGGAUCUUCUGACACUAUUUUUGACUGGAUCCCCAGGUUUUCUGAAAAUAUCGCUUGUACUAGUUGUAUGUAAUUCCUUUACACGCCUUCCUUUUUGUUUUUGUAAACCACUCGCUAAUGCAAGUUUCUUUGCACGAAUUGUAGUAGCUAUUGCAAGUCAUUUUAUCUCUUGAAGAGAAUCGUUGAACUUGGUUUCAAC